UAUUAACACAUUUCCGCUUAAUCCACCAUGGCGGAUGUGCUGAGCUUAGUUCGGCAAUACAAUACCAACAAAAAGGAGAUAAUCGAGAAGGAUGAUCAAGUGAUUUUUGGAGAACUCGCGUGGCCAAGCAAUGUUAAGACUAAUUAUGUCGUCUGGGGUACUGGCAAGGAUGGAAUCGUCAAAGAAUACUACACACUAGACUGUAUACUUUUCCUGCUGAGAAAUGUCCACCUACAACAUCCACUGUAUGUCAGAGAGGCUGCAGCUGCUGAGGUGCCUGUUGUACGUCGACCUGACAGAAAGGAUUUGCUCAGUUACCUCAAUGGCGAAACUACAACCUCUGCCAGCAUUGACAAAAGUGCUCCUUUGGAGAUCCCCCUUCAGAGGCCCCCACAGGUGAAAAGAGGUGCAGAGGACAGUAGAGAGGCAGACAAGAAAAAGCCACGUUUGGAGGAGGAGGUAGUUCAACAGGCCAAACUGAACUGGAUACACAAGAUCGAUGCAACAAGGGAAACCUCAGUUUUGCAACAGAUAUCCCGUUCAUCACUGCCUGAAGCCAUGCCCCUCGAGAAGAUUGCAGCUAUCAAAGCUAAGCGUCUGGCUAAAAAAAGGACUAUGAUCAAGGUGGAUGAUGAGGUGGCUCCUGGUGCCCUGGAACAGAGGAGCUUUGUGGAAGCUGAGGUUGAUGUGACACGAGACAUUGUAAGCAGGGAACGUCUCUGGCGUACACGCACCAGUAUCCUGCAAAGUAAUGGAAAGACUUUUGCAGCCAAUGUGUUUGGAAUUCUACAGUCCAUCAAGGCCCGUGAGGAAGGCAAGGAGAAACAUCACACAGAACCUCACACUCCCUCAGUGCCCCAACAGCGUGUUCCACCUGUAGCUGCCUACAGCAGAUAUGACCAGGAAAGAUUUAAAGGAAAAGAAGAAACUGAGGGAUUUAAGAUCGAUACUAUGGGAACCUAUCACGGAAAAACUCUAAAGUUUGUGACGGAAGGCGGUGGAGCCAGCCAGAAAAAGCAAAUGGAAGAACGAGAGCCACGGCGACAUGCACCCCCUCAACAGAACCAUGUCUCACAUCAUCCACCCUCCACCCCUGUCACCCCGGGAUCUCGUCCAAUCUCCCAGGCCAGGCCCCCUCCCAACCAGAAAAAAGGAUCUCGGACACCCAUCAUUAUCAUACCUGCUGCCACCACCUCUAUCAUCACCAUGUUCAACGCCAAAGACAUCCUCCAGGAUCACAGAUUUGUCAGCACAGAUGAUAAAAAGGCACAAGGCACCAAGCGUGACAAUGAAGUGUUGAUUCAGCGUCGAAAGGCUGGUAACUUGACUGUCCCCUACAGAAUCAUAGACAACCCACUCAAGCUCUCACCAGACGACUGGGACAGAGUUGUAGCAGUGUUUGUUCAAGGACCAGCAUGGCAGUUCAAGGGAUGGCCAUGGGAUGGUGUACCUACAGAAAUCUUCUCUAGGAUCAAAGCUUUCCAUCUGAAGUGGGCAGAACUUCCUAUUGACAACAAUGUAAAAAAGUGGGAUGUGUAUGUUGUCUCCCUGGAUAGAAACAAGCGCCAUCUGGACCGUGCAAACCUGCAGCAAGUCUGGGAGAUCCUUGACAAGUACAUGGCCAAGCACAAGCCUCAUCUGAGACACUGAGAGGAGGACAUCACCACAGACAUGCACGACGCUGGUGAACUCAGCAACUUUUACAACAGUCUUUGUAUGGCAGCAUGGCAGGUUCAGAAUGAUAAUGACAUUAAAUGAUGUGCUACCUAGGAGGAACUAGAAAUUGACGUUAUUGACAGUUUUUCCAACCUGCACGUGAUGGUUUGGAUCAGGGAAAUGUUUUGAUAUGGUUUUGGGCAGGUUCCAGCAUUGUGAUGAAUUAUCAAUUCUUAGGUCAAUGAGCUGUAUCUAAGAUGCUUUGAACACUGAGUGUUAUAAUAGUGACGCCUAGUUAACAUGAACUUGAGUGAUCAAUAUUUAAUGUCUCCUACAAUUACCACAGAAACAUUCUUCUGAUAUUAGGAGUAUAUGCGUUUUUUGUUCAGAACUCUUUGGCCAGCUUAGUCUAGCAACCCCCCACAAUUUAUCAUCUGUUCCUUCAAUUUGUUCAUCUGUGGUAUGACAGUUCUAGUUAACUAGAUAAUUCCAUAAUCCCUGUAUUAUUUACCAUUUGUCUGGGAAAAGUAUCCUGGUAAAUUUACAAGCCCCCAAAAAAAUCUCAAAAAUGAAUUACUACACCUUUCCUCUGUACAUCAAGCUAGUGAACGUGUACAUGAUGACUUUACUACCAAACAAAAACCAGUUCCUCGGACGCAAAGGUGUAGGUUAAGUAUUUUCAUUUUCCAUCAAUUUUAUAUGUGGAUAUAAUUAUCGGAAAGUUGAAGAAUCGAUUGAUGUGAUGCUGAUGAGACAAGUAUUAAGAGUUACGUCCCUUGGGCCUAUAAUGAAAUGAUAAAUGGCUCCUUUAAUAAAUUUGUUUUAAUAAAGGACGCUAUCAAAGCAAAUCCUUCACCUUUUCUGUCUGUCAGCUUUCUUAAUGAUUAAGUAAAUAAAUCACAAGCUUCUCAAAUUCUAGAAAAAAUAGUUGUUUCCCCAUUUAUAUUGAUGACAUCUGUUUUAAGUUGGAAAAAUGGAAUUGAAAUAUAAACAAUCAAUUUUACUGCCCGUCAACUUUUGAUAUUGAGUUUAUUUUGUAUAAUGUAACUUUAAACAUGGUUUAUGUUGUCAUACAGUUUACAGUUGAUUUACAUGUAAAAUGGCUAUAUACGUAUAUGAAAGAUACAGAUAAAUAAUAUCGGAUCUAAAGUGACAUCUAUCUAUCAAUUCAUGAAAAAUGACAAUGGAAAUGUAAGUUUGGAAUCAUGUGGAAUGUUUAAUAUAGUUUUGUACAGAAUACAAUGUAUUGUUUGUACUUAACGCCAUUAUAUCUUUGUUCGAUAUGUACUGUUAGAAUGUGCUAUACUUGUGAUAUGAGAGUGUGAUGAUGAGAAUAUACUGAUAUGUAUGGUGUGUUUGUUGGUAAUUACCAAAUAGUGACAAUUAAGUGAGAAAGGUCUAAAAGUUAUCAGCUGUGUAUUAAAUUGUACAUAUAUUCAGCUGUUUUAAAAAAUAAACUGUGCUUUUUUGACAAUA